GCGGAAGACAAACUGCAGCCGAACCACAACGUACCGUUAUUGCAAAGAGAAGCUUUGCACAUCGCACAAUUUCUCGCUGAUUAGGGAGGGCACUGAUACCAUGUGGAAGUCACAUGAACGACGAGGAUGAGGCACAGACAACACGCGGGUAGCUUGAGUAGAAAGCCCCUGCACAGUUUCGGCCAUAGGGAGGGGGUCUGCUGCUUGUAAAGGCCCUGCACAAGCAGCCCCCUGUGUCCCCACUUCCUGAACAUAUGCAAUGAACAGCACUACUCAGCCUCCUGCCAUCAUAGAUGGAGAUGUGGCGGUCGGCUAUGUGUUGGUGCCGUUUCUCCUCAUCACCACCAUUGGAAUAGCUGCAGCUGUGGUCAUGUAUAUUCGUAAGAAAAGGAGAAUCGACAGACUCCGUCAUCACCUGUUGCCAGUUUACACAUACGAUCCUUCAGAGGAACUUAAUGAAGUUGAACAAGAAAUGUUGUGGAGAGAAGAGGACACAAGGAUUGUACAAGGUUGGGCCAGAAGCUACCAACAGCGACGCCCUCUUCUGACCAAAGACGUCAAUGCAUGAUGUUCAUAAACCAUGGCAUACAACAUUUUCAGCCACAGAGAUCAAUCAUUCUUGAAGUCAUGCUCAUGACCUUCCUGUUUUGUUUGUCUUUGCUACCAUUUGCCGUUAUCUUUGAGCACAUCAGCGACAGUCAGCAUUUUUGAAUUUCCUGUUUUAUGUACAGAAAGAGUGAUUGUUCAUUUGCGUGCUUCUGAUGCCAAUCCUGUGUGCCUAACAGAUGCCGUACCUUAAACUUAUUUAUUUGAAAUUAUUUAUUCUGACUUUUUACUGUGUUACUCAAGGAAGCGACUCAAAGUUAAGAAAGGUGGAGUAUAUCUAAAGACAUUUUGUGUCGGUUUACUCUGUUGUUUACAUUCACAGUGUUGUUGUGGGCGACGUGUGGCAAGCAGUUAUGUUCCUGUGGGUUGCAGUAGGCAUUUGCACUGGCUAUAAUUUAGGGGCUGUGUUCACUGUGUGGUAGGAGAUUACUGUUGUGCACUAGUUAAAAAUCAUCGCUCCUGCUGUGAGAGGGCUUAUGAUCAUCGCCUGCCUAGGUUGUUGUGCAGAGGUUGUUUGCAGUGCUUUAAAAACAAAUCUUUGAUGAAAUGAGAGUUGCCAGCAGUCACAUUUGCUGACAUAAAACACUGCAAUAUCACACCCAAAAAGAGGUUUGAAUUCAAUGUUUCAUCUUGAUAAAGUUAGCAAUGGCUGUUUGGUCCAUUUUACUUCAGUUUCAUUUUGAGUGAAAAGGAUACACACGCCCUCUUUGGUUUUAAUUUCCUGUGAAGAUUUAACUAGCUGCCCCACGAUCCGGAUCUUUCUGUGGUUUAGCCAAAUCCUAUGACUCUUAUCAAUGGCAUGAAAAGCCAGAUAUGGAAGUAAAUAACACCAACCUCCUCUCAUCCUCAAAAUGAGUUGUGACUAGUGCCCUAAAUAUGUCCUGUCUGCAAGGCAUGGCACCAGCACAGAUUUACCUCCAGCUGAAGAGUCUGUUCAGAUGAAUGCCAUAGGCCUGACUGUAUCAAGCACUCAGGAAACCUCACUUUUUCUUCCUUGAUGAAUCUCAAGCGUUCCUGACCCUCAUUUGCCCUGCAUCUGUGAAUGUAAACUUAAUAAAAUAGAACUGUUAAGCUGUUCUUGUAGGGGAACGUGUUGUAGUGGUUGUGAAUAUACAUGUCUUGGACAGAUAAUGCCUAACACUGAUGCUAUCAAGCAUGACAUCUAGAGGUGCUUCAGAAUGAGCUUUUACUUGGAUGUUUUCAGUAGUCAUUUCUGGACCUAAAAAAACAUCUCCAACCCAGAAUAUGUUCCUCGGUGCUCCUCAGUCAUCUCACUGUUCAUUUUCUAUGCAUUAUUUAAACUCUAUUUUAUGUGGAAAAAACAAUAAAAUAGGGUUGUCAACAUAGACCGUACAAACAUCUAAUCGUGUGAUAUUUAUUUGCACUGGAGAGACACCUGGUAAAUUUAACUGAAGGCUCAGGUUGUACUUGAUAAGUCAAAGAACUACUGAUGUAAAUGAACUUGGCAGCACUGUUAUAAAGUUUAACUUUGAGACUGUUGUAUCAGUUUGUUGCUGGGAGAGAACUGAUGGCUGAUGUAAGCUUUGAACCUGCAAAUA